CGUGGACGUGGACGGAGAUCUCGUGAUGAGGAACUGGCGCAUGCAUAUUUGUUACCGUUGAGUGCAAUGCAGAUUUCAUCAAUGCCGUUGACUGAACUGAACCGCAUCGUUCAUUCAUUACAACUGACUUCGCAACAACAAAAUAUGAUCAGAAAAAUUAGGAGAAGAGGCAAAAACAAGUUAGCCGCCAGGGUGUGCAGAAAGCGUAAAAAUGACAGAGUUAAGGUAUGA